AUGGUGAAGCUGGAUAUUCAUACUUUGGCCCAUCACCUCAAGCAGGAACGCUUAUAUGUAAACUCUGAGAAACAGCUCAUUCAGAGGCUCAAUGCAGAUGUACUUAAGACAGCGGAAAAGUUAUAUCGUACAGCAUGGAUUGCUAAGCAACAGAGAAUUAAUUUGGAUCGGCUUAUCAUAACCAGUGCUGAAGCUUCCCCUGCUGAAUGUUGUCAGCAUGCCAAGAUUUUGGAAGAUACACAGUUUGUUGAUGGAUAUAAGCAAUUGGGAUUUCAGGAGACUGCUUAUGGAGAAUUCUUGAGUCGGUUAAGGGAAAAUCCUCGUCUUAUUGCUUCCUCUUUGGUUGCUGGGGAGAAACUUAAUCAGGAGAACACACAAAAUGUUAUUUACACAGUUUUUACCUCCCUCUAUGGCAACUGUAUUAUGCAAGAAGAUGAAAGCUACCUCCUUCAGGUUUUGAGAUACUUGAUUGAAUUUGAACUUAAAGAAAGUGACAACCCCAGGCGACUUUUGAGGAGAGGAACUUGUGCCUUCAGCAUCUUAUUUAAACUUUUUUCUGAAGGACUGUUUUCUGCCAAACUUUUCCUCACAGCCACUUUACAUGAGCCAAUUAUGCAACUGCUUGUUGAAGAUGAAGAUCACCUGGAAACAGAUCCAAACAAGCUAAUUGAUAGGUUUUCCCCAUUACAACAGGAAAAACUUUUCGGAGAGAAAGGCUCAGAUAGAUUCAGGCAAAAGGUUCAAGAGAUGGUGGAUUCCAAUGAGGCCAAACUGGUGGCUUUGGUGAACAAAUUUAUUGGUUAUCUCAAACAGAAUACAUAUUGCUUUCCACAUAGUUUGAGGUGGAUUGUGUCACAGAUGUACAAAACCCUCUCCUGUGUAGAUAGACUGGAAGUUGGGGAGGUCAGGGCAAUGUGUACUGAUCUCCUAUUGGCCUGCUUCAUUUGUCCUGCAGUUGUCAAUCCAGAACAGUAUGGAAUAAUUUCUGAUGCUCCUAUUAAUGAGGUGGCAAGAUUUAAUCUGAUGCAGGUUGGCCGCCUUUUGCAGCAGUUGGCAAUGACUGGCUCAGAAGAGGGAGAUCCCCGGACAAAAAGCAGCCUUGGAAAAUUUGACAAAAGCUGUGUUGCUGCUUUUCUUGAUGUUGUGAUUGGGGGCCGUGCAGUGGAGACCCCUCCAAUGUCCUCCGUUAAUCUUCUGGAAGGAUUGAGCAGGACUGUGGUUUAUAUAACCUAUAGUCAGCUUAUUACUCUGGUGAAUUUUAUGAAGAGUGUGAUGUCUGGAGAUCAACUAAGAGAAGAUAGGAUGGCUCUUGACAAUUUAUUGGCAAACCUGCCCCAGGCAAAGCCAGGAAAAAGCAGCAGCUUGGAAAUGACUCCCUAUAAUACUCCUCAGCUGUCUCCGGCAACCACUCCAGCAAAUAAAAAGAAUCGAUUGCCUAUAGCAACUCGGAGUAGAAGCCGCACCAAUGUGCUAAUGGACUUACAUAUGGAGCAUGAAGGAUCAUCUCAAGAAACCAUCCAGGAAGUACAGCCAGAAGAGGUGUUGGUCAUUUCUUUAGGGACAGGUCCCCAGCUCACUCCAGGAAUGAUGUCAGAAAAUGAGGUCCUAAACAUGCAACUUUCGGAUGGAGGACAAGGAGAUGUCCCUGUUGAUGAAAACAAACUCCAUGGUAAACCUGAUAAAACCUUGCGCUUUUCCCUCUGCAGUGAUAAUCUGGAAGGAAUAUCCGAAGGUCCCUCAAAUCGCUCCAAUUCAGUAUCCUCUCUAGACCUGGAAGGAGAAUCUGUAUCAGAACUUGGAGCUGGACCUUCUGGGAGUAAUGGAGUUGAAGCUCUACAGCUAUUAGAGCAUGAGCAAGCUACAACACAAGAUAAUCUUGAUGAUAAGCUAAGGAAAUUUGAAAUACGUGACAUGAUGGGACUAACAGAUGACAGAGAUAUAUCAGAAACAGUGAGUGAGACCUGGAGUACAGAUGUCUUGGGAAGUGAUUUUGACCCUAACAUUGAUGAAGAUCGCUUACAGGAAAUUGCAGGUGCAGCAGCAGAAAACAUGUUAGGCAGUUUACUAUGCCUGCCAGGUUCGGGGUCAGUGCUUCUUGACCCCUGCACUGGUUCUACCAUAUCAGAGACAACAAGCGAAGCUUGGAGUGUAGAGGUAUUGCCAAGUGACUCAGAGGCCCCGGAUCUAAAGCAGGAGGAGCGUCUACAAGAGCUGGAGAGCUGUUCUGGACUAGGUAGCACAUCUGAUGAUACGGAUGUCAGGGAGGUCAGUUCCCGUCCCAGCACACCAGGCCUCAGUGUUGUGUCGGGCAUAAGUGCAACCUCCGAGGAUAUUCCCAAUAAGAUUGAAGACUUGAGAUCUGAGUGCAGUUCUGAUUUUGGGGGUAAAGAUUCUGUCACUAGUCCAGACAUGGAUGAAGUAACUCAUGGCGCCCACCAGCUGACCUCUCCUCCUUCUCAAUCAGAGUCUCUACUUGCCAUGUUUGAUCCACUGUCUUCACAUGAAGGGGCUUCUGCUGUGGUAAGGCCAAAGGUUCACUAUGCCAGGCCAUCACAUCCACCACCAGAUCCCCCAAUUCUGGAAGGAGCAGUGGGAGGAAAUGAGGCCAGGUUGCCAAACUUUGGUUCCCAUGUUUUAACUCCAGCUGAAAUGGAGGCAUUCAAGCAAAGGCAUUCAUACCCUGAGAGAUUAGUUCGCAGCAGGAGCUCUGAUAUAGUAUCAUCUGUCCGGCGACCUAUGAGUGAUCCCAGCUGGAACCGUCGCCCAGGGAACGAAGAGCGAGAACUCCCUCCAGCUGCAGCCAUUGGUGCUACUUCUUUGGUGGCUGCACCUCAUUCAUCAUCUUCAUCCCCGAGUAAGGACUCCUCAAGAGGAGAGACUGAAGAACGCAAAGAUAGCGAUGAUGAAAAAUCAGACAGGAACAGACCUUGGUGGAGAAAACGUUUUGUUUCUGCCAUGCCCAAAGCUCCUAUACCAUUUAGAAAGAAAGAAAAACAAGAAAAAGACAAAGAUGAUGUGGGGCCUGACAGAUUCUCAACACUCACAGAUGAUCCCAGCCCUAGACUCAGUGCACAAGCUCAGGUCGCUGAGGAUAUUCUGGACAAAUACAGGAAUGCCAUUAAGCGAACCAGCCCCAGUGAAGGAGCAAUGGCAAACUAUGAAAGUGCAGAGGUCAUGGGUGACGGUGAAAGUGCACAUGACUCUCCCCGUGAGGAAACACUACAGAACAUCUCGGCUGAUGAUCUCCCGGAUUCUGCGAGCCAGGCGGCCCACCCUCAGGAUUCUGCUUUCUCAUACAGAGAUGCAAAAAAGAAACUGAGGCUUGCUCUUUGCUCUGCGGAUUCUGUUGCUUUCCCAGUGCUAACCCAUUCAACAAGGAAUGGUUUACCGGACCAUACAGACCCGGAGGACAAUGAAAUUGUGUGCUUCUUAAAAGUUCAAAUAGCUGAAGCAAUUAAUUUACAAGAUAAGAAUUUAAUGGCUCAACUUCAAGAAACAAUGCGCUGUGUGUGCCGCUUUGAUAACAGAACUUGUAGGAAACUGCUGGCCUCUAUUGCGGAGGACUACAGGAAAAGGGCCCCCUAUAUUGCUUAUCUCACUCGCUGUCGGCAAGGACUGCAGACCACACAGGCUCACCUGGAAAGGCUACUGCAGAGGGUCUUACGGGACAAAGAGGUGGCCAAUCGAUACUUCACCACUGUCUGUGUGAGAUUGCUGCUUGAGAGCAAAGAAAAGAAAAUUAGAGAAUUCAUUCAUGACUUUCAGCAACUCACAGCAGCUGAUGAUAAAACUGCUCAGGUAGAAGAUUUUCUGCAGUUCCUUUAUGGUGCGAUGGCCCAAGAUGUCAUAUGGCAGAAUGCGAGUGAGGAGCAGCUUCAGGAUGCUCAGCUGGCCAUUGAACGGAGUGUGAUGAAUCGGAUUUUCAAGCUUGCUUUCUACCCUAACCAGGAUGGGGACAUACUUCGUGACCAGGUUCUUCAUGAACAUAUUCAGAGAUUGUCUAAAGUAGUGACUGCAAAUCACAGAGCUCUUCAGAUACCAGAGGUUUAUCUUCGGGAGGCACCCUGGCCAUCUGCACAGUCAGAAAUCAGGACAAUAAGUGCUUACAAGACACCCCGGGACAAAGUGCAGUGCAUCCUGCGAAUGUGCUCCACCAUCAUGAACCUCCUGAGUCUGGCCAAUGAGGACUCCGUCCCUGGAGCAGAUGACUUUGUCCCUGUUUUGGUAUUUGUGUUGAUAAAGGCAAAUCCACCCUGCUUGCUGUCCACUGUCCAGUAUAUCAGUAGCUUCUAUGCCAGCUGUCUGUCUGGAGAGGAGUCCUAUUGGUGGAUGCAGUUCACAGCAGCAGUGGAAUUUAUUAAAACUAUCGACGACCGAAAGUGACCAAGACGAAGGCCCACCAAGGCAGACUGUUAGGCGGGCAAACAGAUCUCUUAGAAAAUGUACCAGCUGCUUUGAAGGCUGAAGAUUGUUUUUGUAUAAUAUUGUACAGUAUUCAGACAUUUUAAAACAGAUCUUUACUAAACAGAUUAAUGAGUUAACAAGCAGGUUCUCUUUUCUUUGGGCUCUUUUUCUUUCUGUUGCAUAUUUGAUUAUUUUCUUGUCCCAAGUAGAGAAUAGUACUGCAAAAAGGGACCACAUUUUUCAGGUAUUUUGAAAUAUUAAAAAACAGAACAAAAUCUAGAAAAUUCCUAGAUCUCCACUCAUGGAUACCCAUUUUCCCUUUUAUUUAAAAAAAGAAAAAGAACAAUACACCUCUUUAUAGAUGCUGUCUAAUCUUAUAUGCAUCUAAUGGAAGGAAAAUACCAGUUGCACUGAGACUUGUAAUGGUGGUGAUAUUAGUGGCAUUAUCUAUAAAUACACUCACCUAGGUUGAAAAGCUAAGAAGGAAAUGUAAAUAUAAUAUAUAUUUAUAUUUGAUGUAAUAUGGACAUCUUCAGAUUCUAAUAAACAAGGAAUACUGCUGAUAGUAGGUUGUGAUGUACCCUCUUGUGAAAUGGUUUCCUGGACAAAGUUUAAGCUGAGCUUAAAAGCAACAAAUAUAUAGAAAUAUUUAUUAAAGUGGAAAACAGUUUCUAGAACUUUCUAGGUGUGGAGUUUGAUGCACAAGGCUGACUUUGCUGAGAAGUAUAACAAUCACUUAGACAUUCCUCACCAUGGACAUCCUUGAGCCUGCAGAAGGAAGGAGGUAGACUCUUUAAUUGCCAUGCAUUGUGUACAAAGGAACAGGAGACACCUAAUACAUUACUGUGGUACUUCUUAUCUGAAAUACUAAAUACAGUGUAGAAACCCCAAACAGAACUCCUUUCAGACUUUUAAUUGUAAUAUAUUUUUGAUGAUUUUUCACAUUGAAUGACAGACCAGGAAUUCAGUGAAUGUCAUUUUUUUAAAAACUAAUUUGUAUUGUCUGCUCUAGUGAUACAAGUUUUACUAGUGAUAAACUAUUUUAAUCAACCAUAUUAUUCUUAUGGAAAAAAAUCUAUUUUGACAGGUUUCUGUGCCUUUAUUUCUCUCUUCCGAACAAAAGUAUAUGUUUUAGUAUUUUGGUUUGAUUGUGUAGUGAUAAUCAGGAAUGGGUUUUGGUGUCUGAGAAAUUGGCUGAGGAGGCACACCAGAGCUUCAAGCACAAGUCUUGUACAUAAGUCAUGACUUUCACUUUGUAUGUUUCCUAAACAUGGUUAGCUUCUUUUAUAAAAAACUCAGUCCCAUACUUUGAGCCCCUUGUUGCUGGCAGCAUUUCUAGGCAUUUUUAAGGGAACUGUGAUAAACAAGCUUGAGCAGAUGAAUUCAGAGGCUGUCGUCUUCUCUCCAAGACCUCUGUGUUUAAUUGUGCCUAAAGAAGCUGGAUUUUCUGUAUGUCUCCCCCUCUUCUCAUUCAUUUAUUUUAAAAUACCAAAAUAACAAAGUUGCAUAGGAGUAUGGGAUGUGGUUUCUGCCUUUUAGGGAGAGAGAAAAAUUAAACUAGUACUACAAAAUGUCCUUUUGAAUGUUAGGUCAAGAAAUCUGUGUAGAGUCAGUGCUUCAUGGGCUGUAACUGUCAAACUUGCCUAGGUAUUAUAAGUCACAUCCUAUCAUAAAUACUUUACAAGACAAACAGUCUGACACGAUUUCUGAGACCUGGUGGGGAAGGGUCCAUUUACUUCAGCAUUUGAUUCAAUAAAUGUUAAGUCAAUAGAAGACAUGGAAUAGUCAUUAUUAUGAGAUUUCAUAGAGAUUUUUCUUUCUCCAAAUGGUUGCUAAACCUAUGCUGUGUUAUUAUUAUGGAAAUAAAUGUGAAGCUGUGGACAUGGCACAGGGCUCUUUUCUGUGGAGGAGAAGGUGGUGAGUUGGGGUGUAGGGCUGCACUGGGGGCAGGAGGAGCUGUGCAGUGCCUGAGCCAGUGGUGAGUGUAGAAGCCCACAUGUCUGGUGUCAGAUGAUACCUCUCAGGCAGGGACUUGGGGCUCAUCUUGGGUGCUAGUGGAGGAGCACAGCCCAGCUGUUUAAGGUGCAGCUAAAUUUCCCUCUGGAAACUCUGUUAGGAGCAUUAACAAGCCAGCAUUAACUGUUGGUGGUUUGAUUUCAUGGCCUGAUUUACGAUAGUGUUAAUUUCUGGGUGUAGGAAUCAGUAGCUGUCUGCAUGGCAGUGGUAGGCUGUGAGACAGGGAAUAAUUCGAUUUUGCUCCUUCAGGAAGGAGGAACAGUUCUUUGGUUCUUACUGUGCUUCCUCCCACUACUUAUUUUGCGUGAAGGAUUAGUGCAAAAGUAUAAAAUCACCCAUAGGAAACAUUCAGUAGCCACUGGUUAUUACAUGGAAUUUGCAAUGAUAAUGGAUGUUAAGUGGAGAGAGAGUGGCUCAGUUCCCUGAAUUCUUGUGCAGUUCACUUCUCUAAUGAAAAAGGAGUUUGUUUAAAAAAAAAAAGAAAGAAAGAAAAAGGAGUUUGUAUCUUGUGUUAGUAUUCUGCUUCUGGAGAAGUUAAGUAAUAGAAAUACAGAUUGAAGAUUGUCUUUCCUUGUAAAAUUUUUUUUUUUUUAAACCAAUGUUUUGUUUUCUUUCUCCCCUUUAGUUCACAUUUCAGCCAUAGUAAUUGCUUUCUUCUGAUUUUUCUUUUAAAGACCUGCUGAUGAAACCCUUUUUUAUACAGAUAUUAAAUCCCUGUAGUAAGAGAAUUAGGCUUUGUGAGGGAUUGAAAAUAGAUGUGAUGCAUGCUUUUUCUUUUCCUGUUUUGUCCUGGAAGCCUUUAUUUAAUCCAGACUUUCAAUAUACACGUUGCUGUUGCUGAGGUGCAUGAGCAAGAGAAGAGAAACCUGGCCCAGCAAGGCUGUACUUUGGCCCUGAGACCCCGUAGCUGACUGUGCAUGCCAUGGGGAUUCCGAUUUGGGCCAAGUAAAGGUCAACUACAUAUUUUAAGUGGGUGAGCUGUUAAAGAUUCCUUUCUCUGAUGUGAUUGGGUGUGGAAAGGGGAAGUAGGACCACACUUGCUCAAAAUUAUUAGUGGAUUACAUAGAAGUGAUAGAAGUGUAGUGGGGUUAGCUUCCUCCAUGUAUUAGACUUUCUCUUCCUGCCUUUCAAUUCCUGCUUUAUUUCUUUAAGGAAAGAGUCUACAUUUGCCCUCUUUUUAGUUCUUUUAAGUCUAGUGGAUUUAUUCUCUAUGUAAUUGCCAUAAUUUGGGGUAGGGAUUUAUCAGAAACAAUCUUCUUGAAGCUCAAAGAAUUUUUCAUAAGUAGAUUAACAGUGAUGAGAUAUUUGAGAUAUUUUAAAUGCCAAAAUGCUUGAGAACUUUGCCAGAUUAAUACUUAAUAUAUUUUAGAGUGUAGGUUACCCAAGAAGUAGGAUGUUCUCAAGAGUAAUAAAGCUAUUCCUGGUCAUCCUACUUAAGCUCAAGAGAAAGGAAAUCCUCUCCACUUAGUUAAUGGCAGACAGUGUGGGCAGGGGCCACACAGGCCUUAAGAAUUCACCCCUGCUGAGUUGAUACUCUGUCUUGUUUUACGUAUUCUUGUGCUUCACCUGUAUUAAAAAGCUUUGUACUGCCUCUCCUCUUGAAACUGAUAAAAACCUUAUAAAUAAGCCUCAGUUAAUGAGCUUGCACAAUCUUGUAUAUGUACAGGAAACUCAUCCUGUCCUCUAAUGUGAUUACUAAUGUGUGGUAUCCUGUAAACCUGAUUAAAAAGGGAGAGCAGUUGAAUUCA